AAUAAUUGUAGUGAACAAAAUCUUUUUUCAAAUUCUGCCGGCCUCCACUAUUUUGUCUUUAGUGCAACUCUGGAUUUUCCGACACUUCGAUUCUCCCUAUGUCUCUCACAAUAUCUGCAGCCACGCACGCACUUGUUAAUCCUCCAACAUCAUUUCAAGUAAUAUCUCCAUCACCAUCGAAACGUGAGAUGCAGAACUCUGGCUUGUUCUUUUUUCUUGGAAGCCUAGUUAUUCUUAUUAUCCUGGUAGUUCUCAUGCUCAUCCUAUGGAAGUUUUUCAAACCAGGAAAACUGAGAGCUUUGAUUAGUCGCACAGCUAAGCCUCCAGGGACUAGUGAUGCCCUUAGUGUACAUCUUCGUACAAUAAGCUACUUUAACUUCCAUACAUUGGAGAAGGCUACGAAGAAUUUUCACUCAAAUAACCUGCUUGGAAGUGGUGGAUUUGGUCCAGUUUUCCUGGGGAAGCUAGGAGAUGGACAAUUGAUUGCUGUCAAGAAGCUGUCUCUUGGCAACUCGCAGCAAGGGGACCGGGAGUUUCUUGCGGAGGUGCGGCUGAUAACAAGCAUACAGCAUAAGAACCUGGUCCGCCUUCUAGGCUGUUGCUCAGAUGGGGCUCAGAGGCUUCUCGUGUACGAAUACAUGAAGAAUAGAAGCUUGGACCAAAUAAUAUAUGGAAAGAUUAAUAUAUUCCUUAAUUGGAAAACUCGGUACCAGAUAAUUUUAGGGAUCGCACGGGGAUUACAAUAUCUUCAUGAGGAUUCACACAUUAGAAUUGUCCACAGGGACAUCAAAGCCAGCAAUAUUCUGCUGGAUGACAAAUUCCAACCAAGAAUUGGUGAUUUUGGCCUAGCCAGGUUUUUCCCUGAAGAUCAAGCAUAUCUCAGCACUGCAUUUGCUGGAACCUUAGGUUACACAGCUCCUGAAUAUGCCAUUAGAGGAGAAUUGUCUGAAAAGGCUGAUAUAUACAGUUUUGGUGUUCUUGUGCUAGAAAUUAUCAAUUGCCGGAAGAAUACAGAUCUUUCUUUGCCUUCAGAAAUGCAAUAUCUCCCCGAAUAUGCAUGGAAGCUAUAUGAAAGGUCAAGAUUAAUUGAUCUAGUUGAUCCCAAGAUGCGGGAAGAUGGGAUCGUGGAAAAGGAUGUCAUGCAAACAAUAUAUGUGGCUUUCUUAUGCCUUCAGCCUCAUGCAAAUUUAAGACCACCAAUGUCUGAGAUUGUUGCAAUGUUGGUACCUAAGGUUACACUAGUUGAAACACCAACUAGACCAGCUUUCUUAGAUCGAAAGCGAAGGAAGGACGAGAAGAUUUCUUGGGAUACUACAACAGAUGGUUUCCCUUCUCCUCUGCAGAGUGAUUCACCUUCCCUCUCCCGACCACAAAAGUAGGGCGCUACAUUUCAGAGUUGAUUUCUCAGAUGGUCACUUAACUAAUAGUUAUUGUCUCAUAAAGUCACAUUUCUUCUUGUUUUCAAUUUCCUUCAAUAAAGAAAGUAACUUUUUGAGAUCAUAGUAAUUAGUUGAUUGACCAUCUGAGAAAUCAACCCCUGAUAUCUCAUUGCACGUCGUGUUCCACAGGAAGCUAAAAUUUUGAUAUAAGAGGUUGAUCUCAAAUUUUUAGUUUAUUUUUCAUGUGUUGUCAAUAGCAUCUGUGCAUAUGUAGAAACGAAAUUAGCCAAGGUUCCUUUUUCUUUCUGCAGGGAUGGGGAAUUCUACUUUCCAGUGUAUUAGUACGGGAAAUAAGUUAACAUGAGUGGAAAGUGUUUUUGGUGAUUGAAAUUACAAUGUGAGUGUUAUUUGUUGAUGAAUAAGUAUCACUU